AUGCUUUCAUCGUGGAGAAGGAAAAAAGCUGCACGUCGUGCUGCGAAAAAUCACGAUUUGGAGAAGAAUGGGAGCAUGGAGUUGAAAAUCCCUGACCAUUUUCGCUGUCCGAUAUCAUUGGACUUGAUGAAGGAUCCGGUGACGCUGUCUAGUGGGAUGACAUACGAUCGAGAAAGCAUCGAGGCGUGGUUUGAAGCCGGUAACUCUACUUGUCCCGUAACUAACCGUGUCUUGAGAAAUCUUGAGCCUAUACCAAAUCAUGCCAUUAGGAUAAUGAUUCAAGAUUGGUGUGUGGAGAAAAGGUCUUAUGGUGUGGAGAGAAUUCCGACUCCUAGAAUCCCAAUAACAUCGGUCGAGGUUUCGGAGAUUCUUUCAAAAGUUGAGGCCGGUGAUGAACAAGAACGCCUAGAAUUCGUCGUGAAGUUAAGGUCAUUAGCUAAAGAAAGCGAGCGAAACAAGCGAUGCAUUAUGGCGAAUGGCACCGGGAGGGUCUUAUCGUCCAAGUUUGAGGCCUUCUCGAGAGAUUCUAUCGAUAAAAACGUCACGAUCUUGGAGGAAAUCAUGUCUACUUUGACAGUAAUAUCACCCCUUGAUGAUGAGACCAAGCUUAUUCUUGGAUCAAAAUCAUCCUUACGUUGCAUUGUCUGGUGUUUGAGGUGUGGAAGUUUGUCGGCACGAAGAAAUGCAGCAUUAACACUAAGAUCAAUUCUUUCAUCGGAUCAACCAAAAUUUGGAGAAUUAAUCGAGAUCGAAGGGGCUCUAGAAGCCUUGGUGAAGCUUGUGAAAGAGCCCAUUUGCCCUACUACUACAAAAGCUUCAUUAUUAGCCAUAUACUAUAUGGUUUCGUCGUCGACGCCAAAUUAUCAAGACGAUGUCAUUAAAAGAUUCGUAGAUACAGGGUUAGUCGAAGUUCUGAUAGAUACGCUCGUUGGAUGCGAAAAAAGCUUAUGUGAGAAGGCAUUAGGUGUCUUGGAUGGAAUUUGCAAUUCUAGUGAAGGGAGGGAAAAGGCCUAUGAUAAUGCUCUAACCAUGCCUGUUCUAGUGAAGAAAUUGUUACGCGUAUCGGAUUUAUCGACCGAGUUUUCAGUUUCGAUUAUGUGUAAGCUUGGGAAGAAUGAGAAGAGAGAAGAGAGGGGAGUGAUUUUUGAAGCUGUGGAGUUAGGAGCUUUUCAGAAGCUGUUACUUCUCUUACAAGUUGGUACAAAUGAGAAAACAAAGGAGAAUGCAACACAGUUGUUGAAGUUAAUGAAUUUGUAUAGGAAUAGGGAGGAGUGCAUUGAUUCCUUGGACUUCAAGAAUCUCAAAAGGCCAUGA